GUAAACUAUGAUAGGGGAGCUAAGCUACCGCUUCUUCCUGAAGUUGGUUCAUUUAUGCAUAAGAGGCUUUCAGAAAGCGGGUGAAUUCAGACUUGAACAAUGGCCUUUCAUAUUGAAGAGGGUGAAUGGAGCUCAGACUCUGGGCUCUGGCCUCAAAUUGGUGUGUGAAGUCAAAGCAUCCAACCCCCACAGAUCUCAGACACUACCAUUGGGCAAAAUUGUUUCUGCAAUCCUGGAUAAAAGAAACAUCUGAUAACAUAUUUCUUCCCUCAUAUUUAUUAAGACGUCACGUUGUGUGUUUUGUAGCCCAACUCUAUGCAGGUCUUCAACUGUCUGACUCUGUUCAAGGAUUAGCCAGCUGCACAAGUUUAGGGGAGGGCCUCUGCAUUCCUGCCCUGCACCUCUGUGUGUGUGUGUGCAGAAAGAGUGAGGGGCCCUCUGAGCUAAUUGGCUGCGUUGGUGACAAAGGUGGUCUGCUUCAAAAGAGAAACCCUGGUGAGAUGUUCACACAAGAGAGGAGGAGGGGAGAAGGAGAAUUUAGGAUGUGGAGAAGGAAAGAGCAGAGAGGCUCUUAGAUUGUACGUUUCCUGACGCUGUUCACAUCCUGAGCUGUGAUGACGGUGACGGCUGCUCACAUCUACACUCAUUUUGAUGGACUGAUGUUUUUGCUGUAGCUGUGGAAAGUAACGGUGGAGUAGGAUGAGUAAAGUUAAAGCUGAGGAAAGCAUCAUGUCAUACCUGACUGACACCAGCCCCAGAGACUUGAAUGUGGUGGCCAUGCUCCACAGCUUCUGGGAGCAGAAGCACAUGAGCACGGCCGCGGGUUCCUCCGAUGGUGGUGGUGAGGACGCAGCUGGCCCCUCUGAAGGCCUGCUGUUGUAUGAGUCUGCACCGUCCCCUGGUCCCAUGCACGUCUGCUAUGUCACACUUCCUGGGGGAAGCUGCUUUGGUAACUAUAAGGUGUGCGACACCCAGGCAGAGGCUCGGAGGGACGCAGCUCGCGUGGCUCUGAUGAACUCGCUCAUGAACGAGCUGCCCUGUCGACGCAUCGACGCGCAGUUCAUCACUCGGAGUUUGCAGCAGGCGGCCAGUGACAGUGCUGUUUCUAUAGAAGACGCAUCAGAUUCAAGCACCAGUCUAGGAACCUACAGUUUGCUCCUCCACUCCUAUGUAGGACGGACGAUGCUGGAGUUCCAGGAGAUGAUGACCAUUUUCCAGUUGUUGCACUGGAACGGGACCCUGAGGGCCCUGAGGGAAAGGCAGUGCUCUCGACAGAGUGUGAUUGCCUAUUACUCCCAGCGAGGACUGGACGAGUACAUGCGCAGCAGCAUGGCUCUGGACUGGCUCGGGCGAGAACACAGGGCGCCGGGGCGAAUUGGAGAGGAGCUGCAGGUGGCGCAGAGGGACCUGGUGUUGGCCCGGCGUCGAGGCGUGGAGCUGCGCUUCUACAAGGAGAAGACCGAGAUCCUCAGCUUGGCUCUGAGUCAGGCCUACGUUCAGCACACACCCGAAGCCUUCAGCCGCUCGUGGUGUGACACGUACAAGCAAGAACUUCCUUUUCACACAUUCCAGAUCCAGGACAAAGAAGGGGAGAACACCCCACCCUGCAGUCCUUCAGCAACCCUCCACAGGAACACAAAACAAACAGUCUGUCAUGCGUCUGGCACACACAUGGCCUCCACCAGCCCUUCCCUGUGCUCACAGCAGACUCUACCGUUAAACAGCUUUGAAUAGGCCAAGGCAAGAGGUAAAGGAUUGAAAUGGUCAUUUGAACUUCUUUUAGUUUACAUUCCUUAAUGGAAAUGACUUGCCAGGGAAAUUUAGCAUAGUGUAAUGACAGACCGUGUAACAUGUUGGGUGGCGUGUUAUGAGACCGGUGAGAAGAAACACAGCUAAACAAUGAAGUGGUGAAAUGCAGCACUGUGCAAAGGUGGAAAGCCACCAUUAGAUUUGUAGUUUUAGCAAUGUUAUAAUUAAAUUCAUUAUAGGCACGCUUUAAAAGGGAUACAGCUAGUUGUCUUUCUUUUGUGUUAUUUGUAUGUAUGUAAUCUUUUACAGAUUAUAAGAUUUGGUUGAAUUAGAGUUGAAUUUAUUUGCAUUUGCUGUAUGAAUACCUGAAGUGAAUUAACCUUGACACCAGAUUGCAAGGUGGGUCAUUCCUAGUUCUAGUUAGACUAUAAAAUAAUGUUUCCCAGGAUGUUACUACUGGAAGGAACUGCAAAACAAACUGACAUUAAAGAAUAACAGAGUCCCUCUGUCUCAGAAUUUAAAUCUCAUAAGUUGCAUUUCUUUGUGUUGUGUUUGUUUUUCUGAUUUAAAUUUGUUCUCUUGGUAUCUAAGAUGCUCUGCAUAAAUAAAGCAGCAUUUACAUAAUUUUUCAUUCAAGCAGAAGGGCUAUCCGACCCCUUUUUCUGCCCUUCACCGUCAAAUUCAACUUUGCUUGUCUAACAUUAACUCUAAUCCUUUCAUUAUUAAAGAGAAUGUAGCAAAGUUAUUACUCCCAGUCAUGUUUACAAUUCAAGAAUACAUACAUUGCGAGUUUAUUCAGUAAAGAUGGCAUUCUAAAGAAUGCAAACUUAUUAUUGUCAUAGAUUAACCAAGUGACAACUUUUGUGGUAAACAUGUGUUCGAAAAUUUAUCUUUAGGUAUUUUAGUGUAGGAUCUUUCAUUUGUUCCUAGUAAAUAUUCACAUAUGGUGUUAUGUCAUGAGUUUCUAAUGAAAUAUUAGCAAACUAUUUAAUAAUGAUUAAUUGAUAUUAGCAAAUUUGUAAACGGUAAUAAAUCA